AUGCGGCGCGCCCCUGCCCUCCCCACCUUCUUCGGCGACACCGCCCACCACCACCUCCCUCCCCGCGCCGCGCCCCACCUCCCUUCCCACCUUCUCCGGCGCGGCGCGCCCCUACCGCCUCCCUCCCCCGUCCCCAUCCCGGAUCCCUCUCACGCCGCCUCUGGAUGUGAGCCACCGCCACCAACAGCCAGCGCCCCCGCCGGCAAUAGGGCCCGCCCUACCGCCGUCAAACCCCAUGGCCUCGCCGUUCUCACCCCAGGGCCGGCCACGCCCCCGCCAAGCAACCACCGGAUCCAGAGGGAUCCGGUUCCACUGCCCUCGUCUGCCCGGCCCACCCCGUCCCGCGACGCCGGCCUCCCGCGCCGCCCCGCGACGGCCGGCCUCCAAGGCCCCGGCCCCUACGCCGGCCAGCCCCGGCCCUGA